CCUUUAUGUGUUUGGAUUUGAACAGAAUUACUUCGACCACCAAAUAAAAUGUUGAAAUUAACAUUAACAAUUUUGGCCGCCGUCCUCCUGGUCACCCCAGCCUUUGGCAAAGUUUAUACACGUUGCUCAUUGGCUAGAGAAAUGCAUAAACUUGGUGUUCCCAAAAAUCAAUUGGCUCGUUGGACGUGUAUUGCUGAGCAUGAAUCUGCUUACAACACCAAAGCUGUGGGUUCAAUGAAUUCAAACGGAUCACGCGACUAUGGUAUCUUCCAAAUCAAUAACUAUUACUGGUGCUCUCCACCCUCCGGUGCCUUUUCUUACAACGAAUGCAAGAUCAAAUGUGCUGAUUUCUUAGUUGACAGUAUCGAACCAGCUGUUAAGUGUGCUCAAUUGGUUUUGAGACAACAAGGCUGGAGUGCCUGGUCUACUUGGAAAUAUUGUGAUCAUACUUUGCCCAGCAUUGACGAUUGUUUUUAAAAUUUAAAACCCAAGUUAAUAAAGUUGAUAAACUAAUUGGAAAAUAUACAUAUAUAAACACAUACA